AUGCAUUUCUUAUUUUCUUAUUCCCCUUCCAUUGGAGCAAAUUUUUCUAACAUUCAAGUUUUCUUUCUCACACUUUCUGUGUCGCUCUCUCUCUCUCUCUCUCUAACAUCCCCAAACACUCACACUCACCCAUUCUAUAUUUCCCACUCACUCGUCACAUUCUCUUUUGUAUCUUCGCCUAUCUAUAGCUGCUCUUAUUUCUUACACUUUCUUUUUCUGUCUUUCAAUUACUCACUGAUUCGUUCGCUCUUCUCUCCCCUUUGUCUUUUUCUAACUUUUCGUUUUUUAUGCUUUACAUAUCCUGUCUCUCUCCCCCUACCCUACUCGCACUUCACCUCUUUUGUGUCUCUCCUUCUUGACAUUUUUAUAACACACACGUUUUCUUUAUCACACAAUUUUCUUGCUCACUCUCUCUCUCUCUCUCUCUCGUUUUCCUUUCUCACACUCUAUGGGUCACUCUCCCUCUUCAUAUUUGUUCAACUCAGUCGAAGUUCUUAUUUAUUACACUUUCUCUAUUUGACUUUCACUCACUCAUUCGCUCGCACAUUACAUUCUCUUUUACCUCUCUCUCUCUUCUUCACGUUUUUCUUACACUCAGGUUUUCUUUCUCACACUUUCUGUAUCUCUCUCUUUCUCUCUCUCACACACGUUCUAUCUUUCUCUCUCACUCUUCACAUUUCACUUUUGCAUCUCUCUCUUCUUCAUGUUUUUCUAACCCUCCCCUCUCUCUCUCUAUCGUUCGCUGCUUUUCUUACACUUUCUGUUUGCCUGUCUAUCUCCUUCUAUCUCUCUCUUUAA